UUGAGAUUUCAGCGACAGUGUAGGGACUUAAAAACAUGCUGCUGUGCUCAUAGCACACGAUGCUUCUGUUUGCUAAGGCUAUGUCUGAUUGAGGACCCGCAAAAGCUUGUGUUGCAUCGGUGGAAUCCACAGUUAAAAGAAGGAUUGUGAAAUAAGAGCGUCUUAAAGGACGUGAUUUGCACGAGCUAUAGAGGAAAUCAGCAAACGACUGUCUGAGGUCUAUUCAAUUAAAUUUCUUUAUUUCUCCUUAUAAUUCGGGGUUUCUUUAACGCGAAACAUGGCGAGUGAUUCUCCGGCUCGGAGUCUGGAUGAAAUAGACCUCUCCGCGUUGAGGGACCCGGCAGGAAUAUUUGAGCUGGUGGAACUGGUCGGCAAUGGCACGUACGGUCAGGUAUACAAGCAGUAUGUUUGCAUCAUCGACAUGAGUACCAAAGGCCGACAUGUCAAAACAGGUCAACUCGCUGCUAUCAAGUGCAUGGAUGUCACAGGGGAGGAAGAGGAGGAGAUCAAGGCUGAGAUCAACAUGCUGAAGAAGUACUCCCACCACAGGAACAUCGCCACCUACUAUGGUGCCUUCAUUAAAAAGAACCCUCCCGGUGUGGACGACCAGCUGUGGCUGGUGAUGGAGUUCUGCGGCGCAGGCUCAGUGACGGACUUGAUCAAGAACACCAAGGGCAACUCACUGAGGGAGGACUGGACCGCCUACAUCAGCAGAGAGAUCCUCAGGGGGCUCACUCACCUCCACCAUCACAAAGUCAUCCACAGAGACAUCAAAGGCCAGAACGUGUUGCUGACAGAGAAUGCUGAGGUCAAACUAGUGGACUUUGGUGUGAGUGCACAACUGGACCGCACCGUGAGCCGCAGGAACACUUUUAUCGGCACACCUUAUUGGAUGGCACCAGAGGUCAUUGCGUGUGAUGAGAACCCUGAAGCUACUUAUGACUAUAAGAGUGACCUGUGGUCAUUAGGAAUCACAGCCAUUGAGAUGGCAGAAGGAGCUCCGCCUCUGUGUGACAUGCACCCGAUGAGAGCCUUGUUCCUCAUCCCUAGAAACCCAGCUCCCAGGCUCAAGUCCAAGAAGUGGUCUAAGAAGUUCCAGUCAUUCAUUGAGAGCUGUCUGGUGAAGAACCACAACCAGAGGCCCAGCACAGAGCAGCUCAUCAAACAUCCCUUCAUCAGAGACCUGACCAACGAGAGGCAGAUCCGCAUUCAGCUCAAAGACCAUAUCGACCGCACCAAGAAGAAGAGAGGCGAGAGAGAUGAGACAGAGUAUGAAUACAGCGGGAGUGAAGAGGAGGAGGAGGAACGCGACAUGGGAGAACCCAGCUCCAUCAUCAACAUACCCGGUGAGUCCACUCUGAGGCGGGACUUCCUGCGCCUGCAGGUGGCCAAUAAGGAGCGAUCAGAGGCCUUGCGCAGACAGCAGCUGGAACAACAGCAGAAUGAGGGACACAAGCAUCAACUACUGGCGGAGAGACAAAAACGCAUUGAGGAACAGAAAGAGCAGAGGCGCCGAUUAGAAGAGCAACAGCGGCAUGAGCGUGAGCUCAGGAAGCAGCAGGAGAGGGAGCAGAGACAUCGCUAUGAGGAGCAACUCCGUCGAGAGGAGGAGAGGAGACAGGCCGAGAGGGAGCAGGAGUAUAUCCGUCGUCAGUUGGAGGAGGAACAGAGGCAGCUUGAGAUCCUGCAGCAGCAACUCUUGCAAGAGCAGGCUCUCCUACUGGAGUACAAACGUAAACAGCUGGAGGAACAGAGACAGGCGGAGAGAUUACAAAGACAGCUGCAGCAAGAGAGGGCGUACCUCGUCUCUCUCCAACAGCAACAACAACAGCAAGACUCAAGACCUCCAGAUAAGAAGCAACUCUACCAUUACAAAGAUGCCGUCAACCCCAGCGACAAGCCAGCCUGGGCCAAAGAGGUCCAAGGCCGGCCCCUGAAACAGAUCAACCAACCAAUCAACAACAAGCCUUCCUCAUCCCCUUCCAGUCAGCCGAACACCCCUCGCCGGACCCCCUCCGCCCCCGCUAACCAGCUUCCCCUAAUUCGCGAACAGGUCACACAUCAUUUACAACAUCGGAGGCUGUCCGCACAGCCCUCCAUCCAGAUCUCAGGCCAGCGAGACAGUCGAGAGAACAUAGGUCAGCAGGUCCGUCAGCUCAGGGCCUCCCAAAAGGCUGGGCUGGAGGCCCGCGGACGCAAGCCCAACCCUGCAAUCACUAAAGCGGUUGAGGAGCGCUCCAAACUCAACCGCCAAAGCUCUCCGGCCCUGCAGCAUAAAGUGGCCAAUCAUAUCUCCGACCCUUCUCUUCCGCCACGUUCAGAAUCCUUUAGUAGUGGGGGUAUGCAGCCAGCACGGACUCCUCCUAUGCACCGUCCUGUGGAGCCACAGAUGGCUCAUUUGGUUCCUGUGAGGUCCCACAGCUCCUCACUGUCAGUCUCUCAGUCUUUGCAUGACCAAUCUGCCAAGGGCGUUUCAGCCUUCCAGGAGAGCCUGGUGUCCCAUCGGCCUGAGAUGCCACGCCAGAACUCCGACCCGACUUCAGAGGUGCCCCCUGCGACCCCUCGCGCACCCAGCCGUGAGGAGAAAUUUGACCGCAGUUCCCCCUGGCUGAGGGAAGAGGACAUUCCUCCCAAGUUGUCCGGUACUACCCAGGUGCCUCAGCGGAUCACCUCUAUCUCCCCAGCUCUGGUGAGGAAGAACUCUCCAGGGAAUGGAGAAUCAGGUGGAGGGAGGAGAGCAGCUCCUCAGCUCAUACGCACCAGUAAUCCUGACCUGAGGCGGACGGAGUUGUCUCUGGACAUGGCUCUGCAGAGAACCAGCAGUAACAGCUCGUCCAGUUCCAGCACACCCAGCUCUCAGGGUGGCUCCCAUCUGGGAUCCAGUGAGAGGAACCAGUCUAGAGGCUCUGGUAAAUCAGACGGCUCUCCAGUGGCAUCUGAGGAGACCUCCAAACCCAGUCAGGAGGAAGGAAAAGAACUCAACAAACCCAGUCGACCUGCGGAUCUGACUGCCCUGGCUAAAGAACUGAGGGAGCUGCGGAUAGAUGAGAUCAACCGGCCACCCCUUAAACUGACCGACUACUCCUCCUCUAGUGAGGACUCUGAGAGCAGUGAUGAUGAGGAUGGUGAGAACGUGGGGCAUGAUGGCACGGUGCCCGUCAGUGACAUACCCAGGAUCAUGCCCUCUGUUAAGGGGAAUAAUGAAUCUUUCACAAGCACCCAAGAUGACUCUUUUGGUGAAUCCUACAGUGACGAAUCUAAAGAUGGUACCCUAAGGAUGAGAGAGACCAAUAAGAGGCAGCGCAUGGGCGGCGAGAGCAAUGGUUUUGCGGGUCACGGUAACCUGCCAGACCUGGUGCAGCAAAGCCACUCCCCAUCAGGAACUCCCACUGGUCUCAAUUCCCAGGACCUGGACUCUAUGGAUGAGUUUGGGCUUGGCGGUGGAUCAAAAGCUUCCUUCACUCCUUUUGUGGACCCACUCGUGUAUCAGACCUCCCCCACAGACAAUGAUGAGAACUCAGCUUCCGCUUUGUUUGCAAACGAGCUCUUGCGUCAGGAGCAGGCCAAACUGAAUGAGGCUCGCAAGAUUUCUGUGGUCAACGUCAACCCCACCAACAUCAGACCCCAUAGCGACACGCCAGAGAUCCGCAAAUACAAGAAACGCUUCAACUCUGAGAUCCUUUGUGCAGCUCUAUGGGGUGUGAACCUGUUGGUUGGCACUGAGAAUGGUCUAAUGCUGCUGGACCGCAGUGGUCAGGGGAAGGUCUAUAACCUCAUCACUCGCCGACGCUUCCAACAGAUGGAGGUGCUGGAGGGCCUAAAUGUUCUGGUCACCAUAUCAGGGAAGAAAAACAAGCUACGUGUCUACUACUUGUCAUGGCUAAGGAACAGAAUACUGCACAAUGACCCCGAGGUGGAGAAGAAACAGGGCUGGAUCACUGUUGGAGAUCUGGAAGGCUGCAUUCACUAUAAAGUUGUGAAAUACGAGAGAAUCAAAUUCCUGGUGAUUGCGUUGAAGAGCUCUGUAGAGAUUUACGCAUGGGCCCCCAAGCCGUACCAUAAAUUCAUGGCUUUCAAGUCAUUCACAGAACUUCAGCACAAACCUCAGCUGGUGGACCUGACUGUAGAAGAGGGUCAGAGGUUAAAAGUCAUCUAUGGUUCUAGUGUGGGCUUUCAUGUGAUAGACGUGGAUUCUGGGAACCCCUAUGACAUCUACAUACCAUCACAUAUUCAGAGCAGUGUGACCCCUCACGCCAUCGUGGUGCUCCCUAAGACUGAUGGCAUGGAGAUGCUGCUGUGUUAUGAAGAUGAGGGUGUAUAUGUCAACACCUAUGGCAGAAUCACCAAGGACGUGGUGUUGCAAUGGGGAGAGAUGCCCACCUCUGUUGCUUAUAUUCACUCCAACCAGAUCAUGGGCUGGGGAGAGAAAGCCAUUGAGAUCCGCUCUGUCGAGACGGGCCACCUGGAUGGGGUUUUCAUGCACAAGAGAGCUCAGAGACUGAAGUUCCUCUGUGAAAGAAAUGACAAGGUUUUCUUUGCCUCGGUCCGCUCGGGUGGCAGCAGCCAAGUGUUCUUCAUGACGCUGAACAGGAACUCUCUGAUGAACUGGUGAAGCUCCUGCAGACCAAACACUGUGGAGUCUUUCUCCUGUCCUGCCGGCAUUGCAUCUUUGAGCGCACGGUACAUUGACACAUUGGUCUGAAAAAUAAAAAAAUAAAAAGACUGAGCCUGGACACAUACGCUUGUCUCCUAGUGAGCACACUGGCUCUCUGCACACUGCUCAUGGAAAUGCAGUAUCUGAGAUCACCUGCAGUGGCAUACAGUCUCCAGAAUGGGGGGCUGAUUGGCUUGAACUUUGUUUUACACCUUAUUUGUGGCCUCCAGGAAAGCCUGAUAUCAGUUCGAGAUUCCCCUCUUUACUUUCCUGCUUCCUGUACAUGUUUUCCCAUUGAUUGACUUUUUUCAGUUGUCAAUUCAUUUGAGUCAAAUGCACGAUUGUAAUUGGACAGUAUUUAAAAGAUAAAAUAACUUUAGCAAGCACUCAGGCUGAGACCGAGCUUUAGAUGUUUCACUUUCUGGUAAUGGCAACGGUUUUGCCAGUUUCACAAAUAUCUGUGAUGCCAGUUUUUCCAAUUUCUCAAAAGAGAGCAACAUGCCCAAAAGAAACAAAUAACACUGGUGCUCAUUUGUAUAUUGUCAACAAGAUCCAUUACUGUACAUUAUUCAAAGUACUGUAUCUCAAAUGUAGUUCAGUUUGUUCAAGUUCUAUAGCUUUGAGGUAAGAAAAAUGGAAUUAGCCAACAACAUUGCUGCCUGGGUCAUAAGCAGAUCUUCUAGUUGCAUUUAUUUUAUUUUUUUUAUUCUUUAAACUUCUCUGGUCCUUUUUGGAAUGUUUUUAACAUGAGGAAAGUGGAGCAUGACAAUAAACUGAGAUAAGAAUAGCUAUUAAAAAUUUCCCCCUCACUGGUUGCAUGUUUCUGUAGACACAGGUUUAGAUCUUGAAGGAUGUUUCUGCAGGCCAACAUGAUGUCUAAUAUCAGCAAAAUUCCUAUGAGCCUUAAAAAAAUAAAAAGAGAGCAUUAAAGAUAAAAGCACCUGUAUUUCAGUGACAAUUGAGAAUUGAUAAUGACUUUAAUUUAGAUUUCAUUAUAGUGCCUAGCACAAGUUAACCUGUGUUAGUAAAGAAAUCAACCGUUGGAGGCACAUUGAUUUUUGUGUUUAAUAUUUUUGUGCCAUAACUCUAAGCUACGUUGCAGCCGUCACUUGUGGGCUGCUGUUAACAUAAGCCUCUGUUCUCUACAUUUCAGAAGAGUUGGUAUUUUUAAGCUACAGAUUCUUGCACUUUAAUUUUGUAAUAAUGUUUAAUUGGUCAAAUUUAACUGGGGCUCAAAACAUUCCAAAAAGGGAAAGGGUCUUUAUUGACAAUGAUGUAGUAGGCUACACAAUUCGCAAUUUAUAAACAGACUUUUGGCCUAGAAUAUCAGAAAUAUUGAUCUUAACUAUUUAGGUCAGCAGAGGUACCAGUUACCUUAGCCAUAAUGUGUUUAGUAGAUCUUUGUUUUCUUUGUUUCAGGUUAUUGCAUUUUUUGUUUGUUUGCCUGGGCCAUUAUUUCAACGCUCAUGAUUUUCUCAAAGUCACUUGAUGUUUGCACACUAUAUAGAUAUUUAUAUUUCUUUCACAUCUCUUACAUAGCAAAUGAAGAUAUUUUAAUGGUGAGGGUAUGAGAGGUUUUUAGCAAUAAUGUCCUGCUGAUGUAUGUAUGCUGUGUGAAACACUGUGUUGGCCAGUGCUGGGGAAGAACCUCACUGAGCUUUUAAUUAACUACUUUAUUUGACACUCAAGAAUGGUUACUUAAUGUGUUUCUGUCUUAAUACGUUUUUAAUGAUCGUCCUUCUUUCAAAAGCUGUACAACACAUUUUUGGUUCUUUAAUGGUGAUAGAAGCACUAUGUCCUUUUUGUUUUUUAUGAUAAGAAAAAAUAAAACAUAAGUACCUUUUUU